CGACGUCAGGAUCUAGACGCAGACAGACCUCCCAAUUGCUGAGUGGAAGAGCCAUUCAAGCCAGCGGGCCCAUUAAAACAUGCCUCCGAAGAAGAAUGAACCCGCGAACGAGCUGUCAGAGUUUGAGCGGCAGCGUCUGGCUAAUAUCGCGGAGCGCGAUGCGCUGUUGAAGAAGCUGACCCUCGACGCACAGGCUUCUGGCCUCUUUUCAAAACCGUCGCCAAAGAGCUCGUCUGGAGAUGGCAAGUCGAAAAAGAAGCCCCCCGCGAAGAGAGUCAAAAAGGAGGAGGAAUCCCCGGUGCCACGUCGCAUGUCCUCCAGACUAAGAGGGCUCACGGCAGAUAGCGAGGUCGCGAAACGAAAAGCAGACGAACAGUAUGAGGCGGCACAGGAAGCGGAGCGCGCAAAGAGGUUGCGCAAGUCGGACUCAUAUAGUCUCAACGAUAUGUUUGUCUCAGGCCAGAAGCUUAGUGGGGACAGUCUCAUCGGGGUUGAUGUUAUUACCAAGGGUGUUGCGAAGCCUUAUGAACGGACGUUCGGCGAAGAUGAUAUCAAGGAGACGACGGACAAGGAUCUGAAAGCAUUGAGAGAGCAAAUGAGUGGCCUGCGACUCUGGGGGGCCUGGGAACCCAACAGAAUCAAGCUCACACCCGAAAGAAUUUACACUAUGGCCUUCCAUCCGACCGAAACGAAGCCAUUGAUAUUUGCUGGAGACAAAAUGGGUCAUAUCGGAAUUCUGGACGCUUCGCAGGAAUAUCCCGUCUCCGCAGUCAAGCAUGAAGACGACGACGAGGAGGAGGAUGACCCAGACCCAGUUAUGACCACCCUCAAGCCGCACACCCGCACCAUAAGUGGGAUGCAUAUACACCCACUGAAACCUACGCACCUCUAUACCGCGAGCUACGACAGUUCCAUUCGAGAACUCGAUCUCCAGACGGCCAGUUCCUCCGAGAAGUAUGCUCCUGAAUCCACUUCCACGGACGAGGCACUUUCUGGUGUGGACAUGGCUGCAGAAGAUCCAAAUUGCCUGUACUGGACAACUCUAGACGGCGCUUUUGGACGGCGCGACCUUCGCGCAAAGGACAACACGGUGGAGCGUUGGCAGCUCUCCGAGAAGAAGAUCGGAGGAUUUUCUCUUUACCCGUCUCAGUCUCACUACUUUGCUACCGCAAGCUUGGAUAGGUUCAUGCGACUCUGGGAUAUGCGGAAGUUGUCACACGAUAAUCCUGUGCCCGUAGGCGAGCACGAGAGCAGAUUGUCGGUAUCCCAUGCGGCCUUCAACAGCGCCGGCCAAAUAGCGACAUCAUCCUAUGACGAUACCAUUAAAAUCUACGAUUUCGCCGCCAAGGGAAUAUCCUCCUGGCAACCGGGCCAUAAGGUCUCAGAUGAGGAUAUGAAACCCGACACCAUUGUUAGGCAUAACUGCCAGACAGGUCGUUGGGUUACCAUUCUCCGUCCCCAAUGGCAACUAAACCCGCAAUCCCACAUUCAGCGAUUCUGCAUUGGAAAUAUGAACCGCUUUGUCGAUGUCUACAGCGCCUCUGGAGACCAGCUCGCCCAGCUAGAUGGCGAAGGCAUCACUGCUGUGCCUGCCGUAGCUGUCUUCCACCGAAGUAUGGACUGGGUUGUCGGUGGUACGGCGAGCGGUAAGAUCUGUUUGUGGAUGUAAAUGUGUGUGGAUUGAUGGUACGAGAAGUGACAUUAAAAAGCGUCCACGAUUCUGCGGAGGACUAUUGUACUGUAUCUUUGUUGUGUGAUAUUUUGUAAGAGUUUGGGAUUCACUGGGAAUCGGCGUCUGUAUUGCAUGCAAUAAGGUCAUCCUGUGUUAGACUCAUUGUAUUUUCUGGCUUGGCCAUCAUUUUGUGGCGAGUUCGUUGGAGGAUCAAAAGUGACUAUUACUCACCAUAACAGUAGCGAAGUAGUAGUAGUAGUAACCAAUGCAAAAUGUACAAUAUCAACUACAUGUUUUCUCAAGCACCC